AUGGAAUUGCAUGAUUUUAUUGAGUUCGAACCUGCUAGCGAGGAUAUACGUUUAGUUAUCGGAGUAGAUUUUGGCACAACAUUUUCGGGGUUUUCUUACGCUUACAUUAAACCAGAGAAGGCGAAAAUAGAAAUUGUU